AUGGUUUCAAGUUUAUCGGACAUACUUUGCACGAAAUGUACAAAAGCGGGAUGUCAUGCAACGUGCUCCGGAUGCGAACAAUCAUUCUGCGAACGGCAUUUCAUUAAACACCGACUAUGUCUCUCCGAACAAGCAGACAAACUUCACGAUGAUUACGAUCAAUUUCAAGAAGACUUAACUCGAAACAAUUUUCAAUAUUCGCUUCUGUCGAAUAUCGACACAUGGGAACGAAAUUCCAUCAUUCAAAUUCAACAGACAGCCGAGAAAGCUCGGAAAGAUUUCCAAAAAAUGAUGAGGAAGAUCCGGAAUGAAAUGAAAACGACGUUGAAAACAGUCGUGUCCGAUUUCGUAGCCAGCGCUACAGCUGAUAAUUACACCGAAACUGAACUCACUCGAUGGAACGAUCAGUUAGCUGAACUUCGACGUCUCAUUGAGAAUUCAUCGAGUGUAUCGAUUGUCGAGGACAAACAAUCUCCGUCAUUGAUUUCCGCCAUACAAAUUACUACAUCGAAUGAGAAUCCAAUUUGGAUACUUCCUCGUGAAUCAUUUCGAUUAAUUUUUGGACCAGGCGAGUUAUCCGACGAUCGACGUGUAGUUACCCAAUCGAAUUAUCGUGCUGGCCUAUCGCAGAUCAGUGGAACAAAUGAAUAUUCAUCUGGUAAACAUUCCAUUCGGUUUCUAAUCGAAAAGAAAGAUUCCAAAAACAUUUUUAUUGGCAUUUCCUCCUCAGCGAAACAGAAUCAUUCACCGGCUUUCGAUCAUUCUCUUCACGGUUGGUGGAAUCUCAAUUAUAUGAUCAUAAACGGCGAAAGUACAGGCGAUGGCAAUCAACAUGAUCUAAUUGAAACGGGUGACGAACUAACACUCACAAUCGAUUGUGAUCAUCAUCAGAUUCAACUAAGGCAUCAUCGCACAAAACAAUCGAUGUCUAUAUCGAUCAAAGACGGUCUCUGUGCUUUCCCGUGGAAAAUACUCGUCAGAUUACACAGUGCUGGAGAUUGUGUGCGAAUUUUAGAUUGA